AUGCAGAUUGCUCAGCUUUGGAUCUACCCAAUCAAGUCCAUGCGAGGCUGUUCAGUAUCAUCUGCAAUAUUGACCCACGAAGGUUUCUACCUCGAUCGACGAUUCAUGCUUCUCAAAGUCACAGAAUCGAAGCUCGAAAACAUGCAUGUCACCAGUUUUCCACAAAUGUGUCUCUUCCACCCUUCCAUCAAGGAAAACACAUUGGAAAUCACCUACAGACCCCCAGGAAGCACCCCAUCCCCAGCUGAGACCAUCGAGAUUCCUCUCGACCCAGAAAAUUUCGAGAAUUUGGACAAGGUUGACGUCAACAUGCAUGGUAGUCCAACAACAGCUUACAACAUGGGCGAGAAAUACAACGCUUUCCUCUCAAAAUGCUUUGGAUUCCAAGUCGUCCUCGCAUUCUGGGGUUUCAAUCCUCGUUCCGUGCUCGGAAACCUUCCGAAUAGACCCUCAAACCAAGGACCCAAAGCCCAGACAGCAAUCACCAAAGUCCUCAGCUCCCUUCCACUCAUUGGCCCCAUGCUAGAAGAUGACAACACAAAGAUAGCAUUCAACGACUGUGCUCCUUACCUAGUAAUCAGCGAGCCAUCAGUCGCAGACGUUUCGACCCGCCUCCCGGAAGACGUAUCCUGCGACCUCACGAAAUUCCGCUCCAACAUCGUCGUGAGGACGUCCGAGCCCGCAUUCUCGGAGGAUUUCUGGUCCGAGCUAACCUUCUCGAAUGAAGCGAAGCUGCUGUUGACGGGGAAUUGUGGACGGUGCGCUAGUUUGACGGUUGAUUAUGAGACGGGGAAGAAUGGAACGGGGAAAGAUGGUGGGGUGUUUAAGGCGCUGAUGAGUGAUAGGAGGGUUGAUGCGGGGGUUAAGUAUAGUCCUAUUUUUGGACGGUAUGGGUUUGUGGGGAAGGGAGGGGAGGGGAAAGUUGUGAGUGUCGGUGAUGAGGUGUGGGUUAGUGGGAGGAAUGAGGAGAGGACGAGGUUUUAUUGGCCAGGACUCUCUACUUGA